UUAAUAAUAAUUUGCAAUUAUAUAUGAUUAUUGUUUCUUAUACCACUUCGGCAAAUAUGUUCAAUUCGUCAUCGACGUUUAAAGAAAUCAAAGGUAUAAGAAAAGAGAAAAUAUGGCAGCUUUUUCGUGCCACAGAUUUUGAAUCACUGAUGUAUCCUUGCUUCACUUUUUCUCGCUUUUUGGGAAUACAUCCGUACAAAAUCAACGCUUCAAUUAUCAAGACAUGCAAAUUCUGUUAUAUCCUUUCGACCAUUAUUAUUUGUGCCUUUUGCGUUUUCGAAGUACUAAUUCUCUAUGAUAUUAAUGUUACUGAUAACAUUUUAUUUAAAAACAUACCCAGGAAACUCGAACGUAACUGCUUCUACAUUUUCGGCGGUUUCAUAACAAUUGUCACAUUCAUACAGAGUGGACCACGAAUGCGUUUACUUCAAACUAUACUGCAGCUCUCUUUGAUACUGCCACCGAAAUCAUAUCAAAAUCUAUCUAGACUAAUCCAUGCAAAAGAUAUUUUUGGAUUCUUCUUUCUAAUCAUGCAAGGAUGGAUGUAUUUUCCUAAGGUGCAAUUUGGCAUCUUGCGCCAGAUUUUUGCAAUAUACAUAUCUCUGUUAGUGUUUGAAGUGGAUAUGCUAUACAUGAAUUGUGUUUGCGUAUUAAAAGCUUGUUUUAAGCAAAUUAACGACAAUCUAGCGAAUCUGCAAAAAAUCAUGGCAAAACGUGAGCCAUAUGUUCUGAAAGAAACUCAUCAGAGAAACCUACUUCUAUUGAUAAAGCUCAAUGCUGUGAAAAAGCAACAUAUGAUAAUUAGUGACACAGUGCAAAUGCUGAAAAUAGUUUUCAAUUUGCAACUUUUUUCUACCAUGAUUAUCACCUUCACUCAAAUUAUUUUUAACCUUUACUAUUACUUAAUGCAGAUACAAGUGGGUAUAAAUGUUCAAAAAAUAGAAUUUUAUUACGGGUAUCUUAUCGCAGUUAUAAUAUAUUACUUUACAAAAGUAUUGUUGAUGGUAUGGAGUUGUGAAACUGGCAAGAAUCAAGCCGCAGAGAUCAUUACUACCGUUCAUGAAGUGCUUAAUAGUGCCAGCGAUAAGCAAAUAAAAUACGAGUUGCAGUUAUUUUCCCUACAAUUAAUGCAUUAUAGAAAUAUAUUUUCCGCAAAAGGCCUUACUGUGAAUGCUACGUUUUUCACUGCGAUGAUGGGUAGCAUUACCAUGUAUUUAUUAAUUUUGGUACAAUUCUUAUUGAUGUUCAAUAUUUGCGCAGGAAAAUCUAGAAUUAAUGUCAUGAUAUAAUCUAGUUAACACAAAAAUAUC